AACCACCGGAUCGCUGUGUUCCGAUUGGUCACACACAACUGUCAAUCAGCGAUGCGGGGUGGAUGUCAGGCUCCGUGACAGUGGAUGGUGCACAAUGGAUGCAGCUACUCUAACGUACGAUACCUUGAGGUUUGGCGAUUUUGAAGAUUUUCCAGAAACAACAGAGCCAGUUUGGAUUUUAGGAACAAAAUACAGUGCACUCACAGAUAAAGAUGAGAUCUUUGCAGAUGUCACCUCACGGCUCUGGUUUACAUACAGGAAGAAUUUCUCUCCCAUUGGAGGCACAGGACCCACCUCUGACAAUGGCUGGGGCUGCAUGUUACGAUGUGGACAAAUGAUCUUUGCCCAGGCUCUCAUAUGCAGACAUUUGGGUCGAGACUGGAGAUGGGUAAAUGGGAAACAGCAAAGGGAUGAAUAUUACAAUAUAUUGAAUGCUUUUCUUGACAAAAAGGACAGCUACUACUCCAUUCAUCAGAUAGCUCAGAUGGGAGUUGGAGAAGGAAAGUCGAUUGGUCAGUGGUAUGGUCCAAACACUGCAGCACAAGUAUUAAAGAAGCUCACAUUCUUUGACAACUGGAGCUUGUUAGCCGUUCAUGUGGCGAUGGAUAACACCGUAAUAAUUGAUGACAUCAAGAUGUUGUGCAAAUCUGAGAAUCCAUGUGCGGGGGCAGCAGCAGCAUUCCCUCAAACUGUUGGUCAAAGGCCGUUCAAUGGGUAUUCUUCAGGUGCAAAUUGCUCAGAAGAUACAUUAGCGUGGAAACCAUUAGUGUUGCUAAUACCUCUCAGGCUGGGACUCAGCGAGAUCAAUGAAGCAUACAUCAAAACGUUGAAGAAAUGCUUCAUGAUGCCACAAUCUCUUGGAGUCAUCGGUGGCAAACCCAACAGUGCCCAUUAUUUCAUCGGAUAUGUAGAUGAUGAGCUAAUCUACCUUGAUCCACACACGACACAGCCUGCAGUGGAGCCAUUUGACGAUUUCUCUAUACCAGAUGAGAGUUUCCACUGUCAGCAUCCUCCUUGUAGGAUGAGCAUCUGUGACUUGGAUCCAUCCAUCGCUGUGGGCUUUUUCUGCAGCACAGAGGAGGAUUUUAACGACUGGUGUAAACGAAUGAAAAUGAUUUCACAGGAGAAGGAUGCAUUACUGAUGUUUGAGUUGAUGGAUUAUCAGACUGCUCGCUUCCCAGAUGUCAACUGUCUUACUCCUGACUUUACAGAUUCUGAAAGACUGGAACGAUUCUUUGAUUCUGAAGAUGAAGAUUUUGAGAUCCUUUCAUUAUAAAACAAGACAUUUCCUGAAUUCAGUUUUGAGAGCAAAGUGUUUGGUGAUUCUCAUGCUGCCAAUACUCCGAAGGAUUGGCAAAUUGGCACAGGUUUCAUUAAAUCAUGUUAUUACCAUCAGUGCACUAGGAUUCUCAGAUGGUGUGCACUGUGGUGGUCCCCUCUGAGAAAAUAUAUCCCUCAUCUCUGAGUUCAUCAACCUUCAGACUACUCAAUGACUAAAUGCAAACCUGACUCUGCUUUACCAACACAUCAUAUUUAUCAUGUUCUUCAGCAAGUUUUUGUUGUACUUUAGGAGCAUAUUGAAGGACAUAAUUUGAAAGCUCCUGGGGUUUUAUCCAGCAGCUUGUUUGUCAGCAGUCCUGCAGCAACAGAAUGGAGUCCUAUUGAAGCAGCAGAAGAUAGGAAGUGGACAAGAUUGCAGAUGUAUUGGAUUCUCUCCUGUGAUGGCAAAAGGAACUUGUGCUAAUCGACCUCUCUUCAUAAUGAGUUGGGUUAUUUAAACCCAUGUUGAACAGAGGAUUGUAGGUAAACCUGAAUUUGUUAACAGGUAGAAGUAUGGCAGGAUUUCCCUUAAAGGAUGCAAUUAAUGGCUUCCUGUAUAAUUUGGAGAAAUUUUACUUUCUUUCUAAAGGGUAUGACUCACUGCCUUUUCAGUUCUAUUAAAGGCUUUGAAAUGCACUAACUUGACCAGCCUGUGGUGAGAACGAAGGGCCACAGUGUGUUUCCAUAGUGUUUAGCAAGAAGAAAAGGUCGUGCUGUAUUGUGGUAUCGCUUGUGGUGCUAAGAGGCAGGGGGAGCAGCUCAAAGAUGUGAUUAUCACCAAUCCUAGAUCAGGUUUAGAGCUUAACGUAUUGGACUUGAUCAAAAUUCAUUUGAGGACCAAAUGUCUCAUAUCAGUCCUGUGAAGCAGAUUACUGAAUAAUAAUCAAUGUAGGAGCAUAACACUAUAUUAGUUCAGUCUACUGGGUGCCAGUUUCACCAUGCCUGCAUUUAGCUAACUGAAGCUAACGAUGCUGUCGAACACAGGCACAAGUUGAUGUCUGUCUGAAUAUAUUCAUUUAUAUUAGUUGAAGAAAAUUCUACGGGUGCUAUGCUGAGGUGUGAGGAGGCGUGUUGGCUGUGACAGAUAUGAUGGACUCCACAUUCAUUUGUUCGUUAGAAGGGAGGUUAUUUGCUGCUCAGUUAAACAGUAGGGGUAGUAAAGCACAAUAGUAAACACUUUGUAGAACCAAAGAACAAUAGAUUGCCAUUAAAACCCAUAAAAUAUUUCGGUUAGCCACUUUAAUUAACACUUAAGAUUGUGAACUGUUUCAAAUUGUAUGAAGUAUAUUUGCUGUUGCUAACAUUGAUUAUAUUAGUUUAUUGUUUCAAUAACUCAAUGUAUAAAAACAUGCAAGCAAAUAAGUAUGUGCAUUAUCAGGUGGGAUAAAGAGAGCAGUAAAGAAUAUUACCACAACUUUGGCACUAAAUUCUUUAUAGUCAGUCCUCCCCAAGUUAUUAACUGUCAUAGAAAAGAGGUUGGUGUUGGUUAUCUGCAUUUUAAUAGGAUUGCUAUGGUUUUGUCAAGAUUGACUGACUGCAACAGUUCAUUAAUACAGGUAAUACACAAGUCCAUGGGAAUUUGGCCACCUUCUCAAUUUAAUUGAAAAGAUACAAUGACUGCAGCAAAGGAACAGUUCUGCCAGCCUGCUGAACAGUUAACCAUGAACCAUGUUUAAAUAGCACGUGUUUUGAAGAGGCUGAUAAAUGGACUGCUGAAAAUAUAAUGUAUCUGAAUAAAUUGUUUUAAAUAA